AUGGACACAUUGUAUUGGGUCUACAAAGGCCAUUGGAUAAGCUGGCUUGGAUGGCGCACUCAAUCGAAAGAGCAGUGCGAAAAGACCAACGCGGAGCUGUGGCUUGACGCAAUGAACUGGACGCGUAUCGAAGAGCUUUCUGUAGACACCGUCCCGGAAAGCGUGCGGAAGGUUCUCUCGCAGUCGCGAGCGCUGCGCUCGCUGAACACGACAGACGGCGAACUCAUCCUCGACUUGCCAAAGAACACGCUGACGCACCUGUCUCUUGUCAACGGCGAGCGCGACACCUUCCUCUUCGAAGACAUUCUGAACCAGCAGGGCGGAUCUUUGGAGAGUCUUGAGAUGCGCUGGGAUACUGAGCAUUAUCCAUGGAGGUAUGACGGCGAUCUCGACGACGAGAUUCAGAUGAUAAGAAACAGCGCAAAGAAAAUCAGGCAUCUAAGCAUAAACAUCUUCCGUAACGCUAGCAGCUCACCCUUGGAAACGCUGGGAAAGAUCGUUACCAUACCCACGCUACGAGAAGCAAACUUUUGGAUAGACAUACUCGGGCCACGGGAGUGGAGUUACAAAGAGCUCCGCGCCCUCGGAGAACAGCACGCAGAGGCAGAAGGCGGCAGAUACCUAUUUCUCAACAGAAAAGGUGCGCUGAAUAUCUUCAAUUACAUGCGAGACAAGAAGCAAGGGCAAGAGCUGGAAAGAGCAACUUUUUGGAUUGGUGACUGGACACGGAAUUGGCUCUGGGAAACCCCAAGAGCGCAUGUAAAAUGUGAAGCGAAAGCAGAUGUUGAUACGGAAGACUGGUGUGUGGUGGAUGAUCAGUGGCCACACUACCCGAUGUUCGUGCUCACUCCACGGGUAGAAGCCCUGGAAAUUAUGGACACGGAUUUCCGAUGUGGAACGACAUGA